ACCUCGCAGUAAAAGAAUGUGGCGUGAUCCGAACGUAGUGGGGGUCGCCUUCCAGAAAAAACGAAAAAAAUCGAAAGGCGUUCAGAACUUUUCGAGAAGUCGAACCGUCAACACAUGUGAAUGUACCACACCGGACAAUCAAGAAGGCAGGUGCCUUGACUACAGAAAAUGUAAACCUCUGCAAGAAAUAUGGCAGAUACAGUACCGUACAGCCACCGAUUUUUAUAGACGAUCAGUGUGCAGAUACCAGGUCAAUGUUACGAUCGUUUGCUGUCCGAACGAUCCAAACAAAGAGAAGAGAGAAAUUUUAAUAAAAACUGUGUAUAAGUAUAAGGCUUUGCGACCACCAUACUGUGGUUUUAGCAACGUCUCUCAUACCAGGGUGGUCGAUGGUAAACCAGCUGAACUUGGAAGAGUAUCUUUUUGCUUGAAAUAAAAAAUUGAUAUAGGAGUAAUAAUAUGGAUAGAGAUCAAAAACUGUUAGGGCAGAAAUUACACGUUUGAACUUUAUAGUUCAGUAUAGUUCAAAUAGAAAUUAUAUAGAAUUAUUUAAUAAUUUGUAUUCCACUGGAAUAAAAAUUUAAUUUCUGUCUUUAUCAAAUCUCUAUUUCAGAGUAUUUGUACGUAUGUACUUAUCGUCUGCUGUAUGAUCGAAUAUCGAAUAGGUAAUAAUCGUUGUUACUCGUUAUGUGAGAAAAAAUUAUGUAUAUUCACAACUAUGACUAUUGCAUUUUAGGCGCUUGGCCAUGGAUCGCUGCAUUAGGUUUUCGUAAUCCCCGAAACCCAGACAAACCACUAUGGAAGUGCGGAGGUUCCCUGAUAUCGGCUAGGCAUGUUUUAACCGCAGCACAUUGUGCACAUAUGGAUGGAAUAGAAAACAUACACAAUCAUAAUAUUGCCAUUCUUAGAUAGGUGGAGGAGGUGCCAUUUUCGAGUAAGUCCUCAAAUAUAUAUAUAUAUGCUAUUGAGUAUUACUGAAGUAUCAUAUCCUGAAAUUUCUUACUGUACACAUAUAUUGUGUCAUAAAGCGUGUACAAUUCUUUCUCAUACUUUUGGUCAUUCGUUUCCUGCAUUUUCAUUUAUUUUUUUAUUUUUCAGGGUACGUAUAUCCCAUUUGUACGAAAGAGCAACUUCGUCGGCUAUAACCCCCUUGUUGCUGGAUGGGGAGCGUUAAGAUAUAGCAAGUGAUAUCAAUUUUAUAAUAAAAUUAAACAGUUCCAGUCUUAAAUAUCUUUCUCAUUUUCUUCGUAGGACGACCACGACCUAAUGCAUUAAUGGAAGUACAAAUGCCAGUGAUUAAGAACGCCGAAUGCAAAAUAGCUUAUUCCAAAUUUCCUAAUGCACCUGAUAUCACUGAUGGUAUAAUAUGCGCCGAACAUGCUCAGGGUGGAGAGGAUUCUUGUACGGUAAUUAAGUUACAGAGUUACUACAAACUAUACGGUAUCUGAAGACACGUCAAUUCAAAUUAACAUCAAAUCGACGUCUUAAACAUUAAAAAUAAUAGAUAAACACAAUUUAAUAGUUUUGCCCACUUCUCACACCUCGUUAUGGUAUUUAAUCUAAUUUCCUUCUAAUCUUAGUUUUGCUCAAAAUACAUAUAACAUGUACGUUAUAAAUUGGAGUAUUUCAAUACACAAAUCAAUAGAAGAUUAUUACUGUAUAUAAGUAUAAUUUCAAUGCAAUUCGAUCGAUAUAUUUCAGUAUCUUUGAUUAAAAAUUUAACGAUCCUUUCAGGCUGACCGUGGCGGACCACUGCUGAUACAACAUGAAUUAACCUCGUAUUUAAUAGGUAUUGUGUCUUAUGCUUAUAAGUGUGGCACAGCUGGGUAUCCCAGCGUUUACACUAGGGUCACAUCGUACCUUGACUUCAUUCUCCAAGCGAUGCAAUAAUAUGAUAUUACUGUUCCAUAAAUAUCAUUGUGUAAAAAACGUAAAGUUGGAUUUUCUUAUUGUGGAGAUAAGAAACAGCUCAAAUUUACAUUGUUUUGUACGUUACAAAUUAUAGGCUUAAAAUGUACGAAAUGUAACUUUGAAACGACACUAAUUUUUUACGCACGAUAAACCUCCACGACUUAGGUAUGUAAAGAUGAUAAACGUAUAUUAAUUCUAUUAAUUUGGUAAUAAUAAACCAACUUUCUGAGAAGUUCUGUAAAUUUCGUUUCUGUUGUAUCAAGAGAAUAAUGGAAUAUUCCACUUA